AUGGAACCUAAGUCAUUGUUCAACUUUGUCAUCUGGGGCCUACUUCAAAUUUCUGCCUAUAUUGUUCGUCAGCUUCCAUUGCCUAUGGGUGUACGAAUAGACCAGGCAAAGUUUACGUCUGCAUUCACCAUGCAAGACAAUAUGACAACCAUCACUGCUGAACCUUGGCCUGAAGCUCCAGAUGGUUCGGUCUCUGAUCCCAUUUUACCAGGGGAGAUUGAGGUUGAUGGGAUGGAUCCAUCUGUCAAAGCAGCUCAUAUUCGCAAAAAAAUCCACAUGGAAUGGAUUGACCACAAAGCCAAUAUGGCCAGCUUUAUACCAUCCCAGUGGGGCCACGUUAAGGACUACACAGAUACGACAAGUCAAGAUACAGAAGUUGAUAGGCCAAAACAUGUGGGUGGUGGCAUCAGCAGGAAAAACAAGAAUGAAGGUCAAAACCGGGAGAGGGAGCUUCAACUGCAAGGCUUGGAAGAAAAAAACCCAUAG